CGACAUCGAUGCGCUCAGAGGCAACUACUCAGGCCUGGGCGUCAAGAGCGGCGCUGCCGGGACCGUGGCAGCCGCCAUUUUGACAGUGGACGGGCGAAGGCCUGGGCGCCGAGUCCCUGCGGUGGCUGGGAUUCUUUGCAAAAGGGAAGAAUUUGCGUCCAGCCUCUUCACUAGAAAUGGCUCAUGUGCUCUGUAACAGGGUCAGACUGGUUUCCUAUCUCCCAGGAUUCUGUUCUUUAGUGAAAAGAGUUGUCAAUCCAAAAGCCUUUUCAACUGCAGGGUCCUCAGGUUCUGAUGAGUCUCAUGUGACCACUGCACCCCCAGAUAUAUGCUCCCGAACAGUGUGGCCUGAUGAAACUAUGGGACCAUUUGGACCUCAGGAUCAGAGGUUCCAGCUUCCUGGGAAUAUAGGCUUUGAUUGUCACCUGAAUGGGACUGCGUCACAGAAGAAAGGCCUGACCCAUAAAUCUUUGCCUGAUGUUCUAGCAGAGCCUCUUUCAACUGAAAGACAUGAGUUUGUGAUGGCACAGUAUGUGAACGAGUUUCAGAGUAGCAAUGCACCUGUUGAACAAGAAGUUAACACUGCAGAAACUUACUUUGAAAGUGCCAAAGUUGAGUGUGUAAUCCAGACAUGUCCAGAACUGCUGCAAAGAGAUUUUGAGACACUUUUUCCAGAAGUGGCUAAGAACAAACUAAUGAUUCUGACAGUAACACAGAAAACUGAAAAUGACAUGACUGCUUGGAGUGAAGAGGUAGAACUUGAAAGAGAGAUGCUCUUGGAGAAGUUUAUUAAUGGUGCUAAAGAAAUUUGCUAUGCUCUUCGGGCUGAAGGAUACUGGGCUGACUUCAUUGACCCAUCAUCUGGUUUGGCAUUUUUUGGACCAUAUACAAACAGCACACUUUUUGAAACAGAUGAACGCUACCGGCAAUUAGGAUUCUAUGUUGAUGACCUUGGCUGCUGUAAAGUGAUCCGUCAUUGUCUUUGGGGUACUCAUGUGUUUGUAGGAAGUAUCUUCACUAAUGCAACAGCAGAAAGCUACAUCAUGAGAAAGCUCAGUGGAAACUAGCAGUGCCCUGUGAUAAUUGCAGCUCUGUGUCUGUAAUGGAAUGCUCUAUGUAAACACUGUUGAGGAAUUCAGCAUCUAUGGGAUUCUGGUUUCUAGGUAUUUAUUUCAUGAUUUAUGGUUUUACAUUGGGAGAUGACUCAUGAUUUCAAAUUUGAAACUGGUAGUUCAUAUUCUGGAGUAUGUGUUGAACAUAUCCUGCAAAAUGGUCAUCAACAUGUAACCAGGAUAUGUAUGGUCACUUAUUGUUAAUUCUCCCCUUUAUUGGGAAAACCCUAGUUUAUUUUUUCCAAAAAUAAAUCAUACAUUUGGCUAUGA